GGGCUAGGUUGGUGGAGUAGGUGAGUCCAAGUUCCAGGAAAUCCAGCCCAGGAUUUGGAAGGGAAAUCCAGUCCUGGAUUUUGCACCGCCUUCGCAGACAGCCUUGCUGGUGGAGAGAAGGUGGGGGGGGAGAUAGGGUGGGGGGGGGCGGGGGGCCGCCUCCUCCUCAAUGUGAGGGGAGCGCCCGGACACAGCGCGCAUCCGGACCCAGCCGAGCCCCGGCGAGCCCCCCGGACCCUUCACCCGGAUCUCACGCCCCUCCCCUCCCAGACCCCAGACCCGAGGGUUCCCACCCUCUCCGGCUUCCCUCCUUCCUCCCCCGCCGGCGCCUGUAUCUCCAUCCCCAGCAUCCUCCCCGCGCCCCAGAGAAUCCCCCGCACGACCAGCCCCAUUAGCUUCCCACCCUCCUAAAGACCCCCUCUCCGACCCCCAUUCGCGGCCCCUGUCCUUUGAGUCCCCAUUCCCCGCCCCUGCCUCCCCCGCACCGGUUCUUCUUCUCCCCAGCCUCGGGUCCCUCUUUUUUGCCCCCUUUUCCUCCCUCUCCUGUAUUUGCCCCCACUCCUGUCCUCCCCGCCCUCCCCCGCCCAUCUCAGCGCCCCCACCCAGGCCGGGGUGCACGGUCCGGCGCGCCUCCCUGGAGCAGCACCAAGGUCCCGGGGCUCCAACGGGGUGGGGGCGCAGGGCGGGGAGCAUGGGGAGGGGGCGCCCCGUGUGAUGGGAGGGGGGCGCAAGCGGAGGCGGCGGAGGCGGCGGCGACAGCGGAGCCGGGCCGGGAGCUCAGCGGGGUCCGGGGGCUGCGGGCAGCGAGCAGGGCGGCCCCAUGGCCGGGCCCCCCUGAGGCAGUCCGGGGGAGUCCCCUCCCCUCCCCAGCUCGGGGGUCUCGGGGCCCCAUGAGCCGGGGCGCGGGCGCGCUUCAGCGCCGGACAACGACCUACCUCAUCUCACUGACCCUGGUCAAGCUCGAGUCGGUGCCUCCGCCGCCGCCUUCUCCGUCUGCGGCCGCAGCCGGCGCCCUCGGGACCAGAGGUGCCGAGACCGGGGAUCCUGGCAGCCCCCGAGGCGCGGAGGAGCCGGGCAAGAAGCGGCACGAGCGUCUCUUCCACCGGCAGGAUGCGCUGUGGAUCAGCACCAGCAGCGCGGGCGCGGGGGGCGCCGAGCCCCCCGCCCUGUCCCCGGCUCCGGCCAGUCCGGCCCGCCCCGUCUCCCCCGCUCCCGGCCGCCGCCUCUCCCUCUGGGCCGCCCCUCCGGGGCCCCCGCUCUCCGGGGGGCUGAGCCCCGACCCCAAGCCCGGGGGCGCCCCCACCUCCUCCCGGCGCCCCCUGCUCAGCAGCCCGAGCUGGGGGGGCCCGGAACCCGAAGGCCGGGCGGGCUGCGGCGUCCCCGGCUCGUCCUCCCCGCACCCCGGCACCGGCAGCCGGAGGCUCAAGGUGGCGCCUCCUCCGCCGGCUCCCAAGCCUUGCAAGACCGUGACCACGAGUGGCGCCAAAGCCGGCGGGGGCAAGGGCGCGGGGAGCCGUCUGUCAUGGCCCGAAAGCGAGGGCAAGCCCAGGGUCAAGGGGUCAAAGAGCAGCGCCGGGACUGGAGCUUCUGUCGCCGCCGCCGCCGCCGCCGGAGGAGGGGGAGCGGCAGCCACGACCUCUGGUGGGGUCGGGGCUGCGCCUGGAGCCCGAGGGAAGCUGUCCCCUCGGAAAGGCAAGAGUAAGACCUUGGACAACAGUGACUUGCACCCGGGACCGUCUGCCGGCUCUCCUCCUCCGCUAACCGUCCCAGCAACCCCGGCUCCAGCCGCUGCGGUCACCGCCACCUCCGCGCAGCCCACUGGGGCUGCACCUCCAAUCACUCUGGAGCCUCCAGCUCCGGGGCUAAAACGGGGCCGGGAGGGGGGCCGAGCAUCCACUCGAGAUCGCAAGAUGCUCAAGUUUAUCAGCGGCAUCUUUACCAAGAGCACGGGGGGGCCUCCUGGCUCCGGGCCCCCUCCCGGACCCCCGGGCCUGUCUUCUGGCAGCGGGUCCAGGGAGCUGCUGGGCGCAGAGCUCCGCGCCUCCCCUAAGGCUGUGGUCAAUAGCCAGGAAUGGACUUUGAGCCGCUCCAUUCCUGAACUGCGCCUGGGUGUGCUGGGUGAUGCCAGGAGUGGGAAGUCAUCGCUCAUCCACCGAUUCCUGACCGGUUCAUACCAGGUGCUGGAGAAGACAGAGAGUGAACAGCACAAGAAAGAGAUGUUGGUGGAUGGACAGACUCAUCUAGUGUUGAUCCGAGAGGAAGCUGGGGCACCUGAUGCCAAGUUCUCAGGCUGGGCAGAUGCUGUGAUCUUGGUCUUCAGCCUGGAGGAUGAGAACAGUUUCCAGGCCGUGAGCCGUCUCCAUGGGCAGCUGAGCUCCCUUCGGGGGGAGGGACGAGGAGGCCUGGCGCUGGCACUCGUGGGGACACAAGACAGGAUCAGUGCGUCCUCCCCUCGGGUCGUGGGCGAUGCUCGAGCCAGGGCUCUAUGCACCGAGAUGAAGCGCUGCAGCUACUACGAGACUUGUGCCACCUAUGGGCUCAACGUGGACCGGGUCUUCCAGGAGGUGGCCCAGAAGGUGGUGACCUUGCGCAAACAGCAGCAGCUUCUGGCUGCCUGCAAGUCCCUGCCCAGCUCCCCAAGCCACUCAGCUGCUUCCACUCCGGUAGCUGGGCAGGCUAGUAACGGCGGCCACACUAGUGACUACUCUUCUUCCCUCCCGUCCUCACCCAAUGUUGGUCACCGGGAGCUCCGAGCUGAGGCAGCUGCAGUGGCUGGAUUGAGCACCCCAGGUUCCCUGCACCGGGCAGCCAAGCGCAGGACUAGCCUUUUUGCGAAUCGUCGGGGCAGUGACUCUGAGAAGCGGAGCUUGGACAGUCGGGGAGAGACAACAGGGAGUGGGCGAGCCAUCCCAAUCAAACAGAGCUUCCUACUAAAGCGAAGUGGCAACUCCUUGAACAAAGAAUGGAAGAAGAAAUAUGUGACCUUGUCCAGUAACGGCUUCCUACUUUACCAUCCCAGCAUUAACGAUUACAUCCACAGUACCCAUGGCAAGGAGAUGGACUUGCUACGAACAACAGUCAAAGUCCCCGGCAAGCGGCCCCCGCGGGCCAUCUCUGCUUUUGGCCCCUCAGCCAGCAUCAAUGGGCUGGUCAAGGACAUGAGCACUGUCCAGAUGAGUGAAGGCCCUGAAGCCACCACUCCCACCCCAAGCCCCAGCCCCAGCCCCAGUUCCCUGCAGCCACCACCAGACCAGACAUCCAAGCACCUGCUGAAGCCAGACCGGAAUUUGGCCCGAGCCCUCAGCACUGACUGUGCCCCAUCUGGAGACCUGAGCCCCCUGAGUCGGGAACCUCCUCCUUCUCCCAUGGUGAAGAAGCAGAGGAGGAAAAAAUUGACAACACCGUCUAAGACUGAAGGCUCGGCUGGGCAGGCUGAAGCCAAGCGCAAAAUGUGGAAACUAAAAUCCUUUGGUAGUUUAAGAAAUAUUUAUAAAGCAGAGGAAAACUUCGAGUUCCUGAUCGUGUCCAGCACUGGUCAGACGUGGCACUUUGAGGCAGCCAGUUUUGAGGAGCGGGACGCCUGGGUCCAGGCCAUCGAGAGUCAGAUCCUAGCCAGUCUGCAAUGCUGUGAGAGCAGCAAGGUCAAGCUACGCACAGACAGCCAAAGCGAAGCCGUGGCCAUCCAGGCGAUCCGGAAUGCCAAGGGGAACUCCGUCUGCGUGGACUGCGGGGCCCCCAACCCCACGUGGGCCAGCUUGAACCUGGGUGCACUCAUCUGCAUCGAGUGUUCUGGCAUUCACCGGAACCUGGGCACACACCUGUCCCGCGUUCGCUCGCUCGACUUGGACGACUGGCCGCGGGAGCUGACCCUGGUGCUGACGGCCAUUGGCAACGACAUGGCCAACCGCGUGUGGGAGAGCGACACGCGGGGCCGCGCCAAACCCACGCGGGACUCCUCGCGGGAGGAGCGUGAAUCAUGGAUCCGCGCCAAGUACGAGCAGCUGCUGUUCCUGGCGCCGCUGGGCGCUCCCGAGGAGCCGCUGGGCCGCCAGCUGUGGGCCGCGGUGCAGGCCCAGGACGUGGCCUCCGUUCUCCUGCUUCUCGCCCAUGCGCGGCACGGGCAGCUCGACGCCAGCGUGGAGGAUCCGCAGCUCCGCUCCCCACUCCACCUGGCAGCUGAGCUCGCCCACGUGGUCAUCACGCAACUGCUCUUGUGGUACGGCGCCGACGUGUCCGCCCGCGACGCGCAGGGCCGCACCGCGCUCUUCUACGCCCGCCAGGCUGGAAGCCAGCUGUGCGCCGACAUCCUCCUUCAGCACGGCUGCCCCGGUGAGGGCGGCAGCACGGCCACCACCCCCAGCGCGGCCACCACCCCCAGCGCGGCCACCACCCCCAGCAUCACCGCCACGCCCAGCCCCCGCCGCCGGAGCAGCGCCGCCAGCGUGGGCCGCGCCGACGCCCCCGUCGCGCUGGUAUAGUUGCGCAGCGGGAGACAACCCCACUCCCAUACGGGCCGGGCACGACACACCGGGUGAACCGCUGGACAGAUGCACCCACUCACCCCUCCAUCUGCACCCCACCGCACGGGAGCACUUCUUACCCCCACGAGGGCACAGCCCCCACGCCUCCCGGAAGACACAAACACACCUCCCUCUCCCCAACGAGGCACGGAGACCCCAGUUCAACACGCCCCCUCUCCGCUGUUUCCACACUCGGAUUGCUCUGGAUCUACCCGCUCGGCGUUUGCGAAAGGGACGCCCCGCCGCGGUACCUGCUCCUGGGCGCUUGGAUGUGCCCGCUCGCGCCCCCUAGGGGCGGGGGAAAGACUCAGUCCUGCCUGUGUUUGACAAUCUCACGGCGGGAGCAUAUACCCAGGCUGGCUCCUGGGGAGACGCCACGCCAGAGGGGGUGGGGGUUAGUACGUGGGAGGGCUAGCCCUGGGACUUGGGGCCAAUACGGGGGACCUACCCCUUCCAUGCUAAUCUCACUGCCCAGUGAAGGGGGAAGGGCAGCGAGGGGCAGGACCCCUGCUGCCCAUGGGGGUAGGGGGUCCCCAACCCUUUCCGUGAAAGGGACCAUGAGGAGUGGAAAUCAGGACGUCCCCCCACAGCCACCCAUGGAUGGAAGCUAAAGGGCCGGGGGAACCAAGAGCCUGAGUCCCUCCUCACUACUAUCUUGGGAGGGAGAAGUGAUGGAGCAGCAGCAGCCUAAGGGGACUGGGGAGGGGCCUUGUAAUUUAUUGCUUUGUUCCCCAACAAGGGGGUGGGGGCGGGCAGGGCUUGGGGAGGGCUUUUCAGGGUAGGGGAAGCCAAGGGUGGGCAGAGGGUGGGGUGGGGUGGGGGUGCUCUCGGGUUGUGAGUGUCUGUGACCGUGACUGCGUACCUGUGACUGUGCAGCGCCCGUGGUGAUCUGGGGUAGGGGGCACCCCUACAAUGGGACCCCUCCCCCACUAUUCUUCCUGUCCAGCCCCUCCCUCCCACUGGAGCAGCUUCAGACCCAUCCCUCAACCCCGCGAUUCCUCCCAGCCAGAGCUAAGAGGAUGUGAGGUGGCUGGGAGGGUUUCCAGGCCCCCUGCUCCAUCCCCAGAAAGGGGGUGGUGGGGUGGACUUCCUCGCCCAGCCCUGCCCCCCUUCAUCAAUCCAGCCCUUGGGCCAUCUGUGUCAGUGGUUUCCGGUCUCUUUUUUUUUUUUCCAGCUAAAAUAUUUUGCAAAGGACCAGGUAACUGAGGAGGGGAGAGGGGUGGAGGCAAGGGGGAAUAUCCCCCUCAUCUCCUCCGAGGCAGAUGGUGUGACUCUUCAACAGCAAUUAAAGAGGAAGUGAUUUUGUC